AUUAAUCUAAACCCUAGAGAUCGCUUUUCAUACUCUUCUACGUUUGGCAGUGAUUUGACGUGGUUUGUGGGUAGCUCAAAACUUGUAUAUGAGGAAGUAGUGGCUUGAGAUUUGAUGAGUACCCUACCGCUAACAGUUGGACCCUGUGCAAGACAGAGUGGUAGCGUUAAACAUGGGACGCUUUUGUAUUUUGGCUGUGAUUUUGAUACAAAAUAUUUACGCAACAACUCUUCCGGAAGCUUCAUUGGUGUUUGGAUCAAGAACCUAAAAGGCUAUAGAUCGAGCAAUUCGAAAAGGUUUCAUGUUAUAGCUAGGAUUAAGAAAGGGAGAAAGCAUGAUUACCCUUGGCCUGAUGAUAUCCCAAGUAGCACAACUGGUGCUGAGGCUUUAAGCUACCUAUCGAAUUUUAAACCUUUGGCUGAGAAGCCAAAACCAGUGACACUUGCCUUUGAGAAGCCGCUGGUCAGUUUGGAGCAAAAGAUUAUUGAGAUACGCAGAAUGGUUGAAGAAACUGGGUUGGAUUUCAGUGAUCAAAUCAGUACAUUGGAAAAGAAGUAUCAACAGGCACUUAAGGAUUUAUAUACUCAUUUGACACCAAUUCAACGCCUAAAUCUUGCUCGACAUCCAAACAGGCCUACCGUUCUUGAUCAUAUCUUAAACAUGACAGAGAAGUGGGUGGAACUCCACGGAGACCGUGCAGGCUACGAUGAUCCAGCCAUGGUGACUGGUAUUGGGAGCAUCGAUGGGAAAAGCUACAUGUUCAUUGGUCAGCAGAAAGGUAGGAACACAAAGGAAAAUAUAGCACGCAACUUCGCAAUGCCAACUCCUCAUGGCUAUCGGAAGGCUUUGCGUAUGAUGAAAUAUGCUGAUCAUCAUGGACUUCCGAUUGUAACGUUCAUUGAUACACCAGGGGCUUUUGCUGAUUUAAAAUCAGAGGAGCUUGGACAGGGUGAAGCUAUAGCUUUUAAUCUUAGGACAAUGUUUGGCCUCAAGGUUCCAAUUAUUACAGUUGUAACGGGUGAAGGCGGAUCAGGCGGUGCUCUUGCCAUUGGAUGUGCAAAUAAGUUGUUUAUGCUGGAAAAUGCUGCAUUCUAUGUCGCAAGCCCUGAAGCAUGUGCGGCAAUACUAUGGAAAUCAGCACAGGCAGCUCCUAAGGCAGCUGAAAAGCUGAAAAUAACGGCUCAAGAGCAUUACAGGCUCAAGAUUGCGGAUGGAAUCAUUCCAGAACCACUUGGUGGUGCACAUGCCGAUCCUAAGUGGACGUCUCAACAAAUUAAGCAAACGAUCAUCCAAGCCAUGGAGGAGCUAACAAAGAUGGAUUCAGACGAGUUGAUCCGCCAUCGAAUGAAGAAAUUCCGUUCAAUGGGAUUGGGAGGUUUUCAAGAAGGUAUUCCGGUAGAUCCCGAAAGAAAACGCAACAUGAAGCCAUCCGAGAUCACCCCAACAAACGCAAUGGAAUUAGAAUCAGAGAUCAAAAAUCUGAAAAUGAAGAUCUCAGAAUCAAAAGGAUCAUCGGAUCCCAUUAACAUCGAGAAGCUGAAACAUGAGCUUGAUGAAGAAAUAACCAAAGCUUGCAUUUCCAUGGGAUUACAACAAAAAAUCGAAUCUUUGAAGAUGGAUAUGUCUAAAGAUCCCGAUCCAAACGAAUCCCGUUUGGAUGAAAAGGCGAAGUACAUAAUCGAAGAAUUCAAGCACAAUCUAUCACGACCCGGAGCCUACCUGCCAUUAAAGCAAAAGCUUCAAAAGUUGAGCAUGAUCGAAAGACUCAUGGAGAUGAAAACGAAAAGCGAAAAACUCAAAACCGAGAUCAACCAGAAAGUUUCGGCCGAUAUCAAAGAGAAGUUCAAUGUUCUGAAACGGGCUCGUGAGAACUUAUCGAAAGGCGAAGAUUUGGGUCGAGAUUUGGAAGAACAAGUGGAGAAAGCUAAGAUGGAGUUACAGGAGGUUUUGAAGUCUGCGAAUUUGGAAAUUAUCGGGAUCACGAACCGAAAAUUCGAAGAAAAAAUGGUGAAUGUUAACAAGGAGAUUAUGGAUGAGAUUGAGAGAAGUGUGAAUGGAUCGGAUGUUAGAAAAAGAAUUGAAGAAUUGAAAGAAGAAGCAGCAAAAGGGUCAAAUGCAGAGAAGUUGGAGGAAUUAAGGUCAAAGAUCAAAGAGGAGAUAUUUGGUAUGAUGAAUGUUGCUCCAUUGAAAGAAAAGGUUGAUCAUCUUGUGAUGAAUUUUGGCACUGAAAAUGGAAGAUGUUGAUCAUGGAAAGUUGUAUCAUCUCUUGUU